AAACGGCGAGAGCGGGAGAUGCAGCAGCAGAUGGAGAGUCGAGACGAGGAGACUCUGGAGCUGAAGGAGACGUACAGUUCUCUGCAGCAGGAGGUCGACAUCAAAACCAAGAAGCUGAAGAAGCUGUUUGCCAAGCUGCAGGCAGUGAAGGCAGAGAUCCACGACAUCCAGGAGGCUCACAUCAACGAGCGGCAGGAGCUGGAACAGACCCAGAACGAGCUCACCCGAGACCUCAAACUCAAGUACGCAGUCUGCAUAUCACUAGGGCUGCCCUCGAAUAAAGAUGUUUCUCGUCGACCAAUUAAGGCGAUUGGUCGUCUAAUCGUC